UAUACCGUUCAGCCCCUCGGCGAGAAGCUAGUUAAGCAAUUUUAGACAAACAUUGGAGUUUUAGCUAGCAGCAAAUUCAGGGGUAAUGAACAAACCCCCGACAUUUAGACUUUAUUUCACCGAGUCCCAGCUUUAGAAGUGACUUUUAAUGUUUUAUUCGGUGUAACUGAGAGUGAAGACUGUUACUGAACCGUCGCCAGAUUUUAAACAGGCGACUGGUAUAUAAGAUGCCGAUUCACUCAAAGGAGAAGAAGGAGAGCGCUCAGGAGGAGAUGGAGGUGGAUUAUGGAGAGCAGGAGGGCAGCAGCUCUGAGGAGGAGGACACUGACACUUCAUCUGGCUCUGAGGAUGGAGAGAGCUCCGAGAUGGACGAUGAGGACUGUGAGAGGAGGCGGCUGGAAUGUCUGGAUGAGAUGACAAACCUGGAGAAACAGUUUACAGACCUGAAGGAUCAGCUGUAUAAGGAGAGAUUAAGUCAGGUUGAUGCUAAACUGCAGGAAGUGAUCUCAGGAAAAGCGUCCGAAUAUCUGGAACCUCUGGCAAACCUGCAGGAGAACAUGCAGAUCAGAACUAAAGUCGCAGGUAUCUACAGAGAGCUGUGUUUGGAGUCAGUGAAACAUAAAUAUGACUGUGAGACUCAGGCAGCAUUUCAGCACUGGGAGAGUGAGAAGUUGCUGCUGUUCGACACGGUGCAGACAGAACUGGAGGAAAAAAUCAGACGUCUGGAAGAGGACAGACACAGUAUAGACAUCACCUCAGAACUGUGGAAUGAUGAACUGCAGUCACGAAAAAACAAGAAGAAAGAUCCCUUCAGUCCGGACAAGAAGAAAAAACCUGUGGUGGUGUCUGGGCCGUAUAUCGUGUACAUGCUGCAUGACCUGGACAUCCUGGAGGACUGGACUGCCAUCAGAAAGGCCAUGGCCACUUUAGGACCUCACCGGGUCAAACCUGAUGUUUGUUCGUCUAAAAGCGAGAAGCAGCAGAACAGCGUGCGCUCAGAGGACGGACGACUGCUGUACAACGGAGAAUGGUUCAGUCGAGGACAAAACAUCUGUAUAGACAAGAAGGACGAGUUUCCCAUCAGUGCUGUAAUAACGACUAUAAAUCAUGAUGAAGUUUGGUUUAAGCGAUCAGAUGGCAGCAAGUCGAAGCUUUACAUCUCACAGCUUCAGAAGGGCAAAUGCACCAUCAAACACACCUGAGAGCCUGGAGAAGCACACCACAUGUUUAACAACACUGUUAUACAGCGUGUGUGUGUGUGUGUGUGUGUGUGUGUGUGUGGCUCCUCGUUUUCGUUAUUACAGAUGUUAUUUUUCAUAUUUUUCUGUAAAACUUUUCAUGUAAGUUUUCUACGUUUUCUGUAAAUACACUCCGCUCUGACUGCAGCCUGAUGGAUCAGUGUUACUCUUAACUGUGUGUGUGUGUGUGUGUGUGUGUGUGUGUGAAUAAUGUUUACAUCUGUUAUAGCCAUGUGCCAUGAUUAAAUUUUCAUAUCUCGGU